UUGUUGCAAGAGAGUGCGAGUGCGAGUGAGUGACAGUCACGACAGAAAAAGUGAAAAUUUUUAGUGCAGUCGGGAAAUAUGCACUAAAUUGUGCAAUUCUAGCCUCCGUUUCAGUGCAAAACCUUGUGCAAAAUGGUGCGAUAGCUUCGGCGCAGCAAGCCGUGUGAAAAAAGCGUGAAAAUUGUACUUUCCGACUCGGUACCUGGCGAACCGGAGGAGUUGAGUGAAGUGCGAGAAGAAAAAAAAAAGUAUCAUUGACCCCUUCUCGUUCGCGUUACCAUUUCGUGUAUGUACAUUUUGUGAAAAGCCGUCGGAUCUGGAGGUGCCGCGGAUACACGGGGCAGCAUAAAGGGAUUGAGGGCGCAACACAGCCAACACGAGUCAACACUAUCUCAAAACCUGAGAACACAUCCAUCAAGGGGGGGUGUAAAAGAGACCCGACCGACAUGGAUUCAACCGAAGCCAGUGCCCCGCAGGCAUCUACCUCAGCGGCGGCGUUCAGUACUGGCCGCAAACGUAAGCUUUCCAGCGAUGAGUGUACUAGUGAGCAACCGAACAUGAAGAUCCUAUCGGUUGAACUGUCCGACAUUGAGCUGCAGGUGUCGCUGAUGGACCUAAGCGAUGAAAUACUGAUGGAAAUCUUUCUCAACCUGGAUAGCAACAGCUUGGUUGCCCUGUCCGCGUGCUGUCUUCGUUUGAACAACCUGGUCAAGGACAAGAAGCUCUGGACGUCGGCCGAUUUCAGCUCAUCUCGGCUGGGUACCCAGGAGCUACAACGGAAGAUUAAACACUUGCAGGCAGAAACCCGCUCGCUGAAGAUCAGAGGCCUGACUAGUUUGUAUCCGCUGGAUAAGUGGAAAACACCGACACUUACUGCGAACCUGCUGAUGUGGAUCAACAAAUACUGUCCCCAGUUGGAGCACUUCGAAAUCAACGAGGGUUACUUUGAUACCAACAACAUGGCGAUCAUUUCGUUUCCACCGAGCAUCCGGACGUUGGUUUUUCGCAAGUGUGAAGCCGACCGUUCCAUGGCGUCCGAAAUCCGAAUGGGAUUCCUGUCCAAGAUCGAUAGAACAUUGCAAAAGUUGGAAGAACUUACAAUAGAAUACUGCAGUUGGUUUGAUACGCACGAUUUUAUGGCACUUUCCAAGGUGCCACACUUGCGCUAUUUGAGCUUGCGAGGUUGCGCGAAUAUGAAGGAUAGCGUCCCGUACGCUAGUAUUGCCACACGGUUUGGGUUUAAGAAAUUGGAGGUCCUGGAUCUUCGCGACACCCCCAUCUCGGAUUCCGACGUCAGCUGCUUCAACAUCGUCCAAUCGCUGAAAGAACUGCUGUUGGAAUGUCCGGAAUACCUUCGGACCGAGCGUGGUUUGAAUGAAUACAAUGAAGCCGAACGGCAGCGAGUCGAACAGUUGAGGCGAAUAGCAAACCAAGAUAUCAUCAACAUACGCUACCAUCCCGGAGGUGAUGCGGCUGCCAAUCCGCAGGACAAUGCUCAACAACCGGAAGGGGACAAUGCUGUGGCUGAACCGAUUCCACCCCCGCGUCCUCCGAGGCCACACUUUCUCGGUGAAGGGCGGAACGUGUUCCGCUUCGUUAAUCGUCACUUCUUCCCCAACCUGCAUGAAAAUGCUGGUGAGAAUGUAAUUCGCUUCAUCAACCGUGCCGAACUGGAUCCCGCUGUUGCUGCUGCUAAUCAACCGGAGCAGCAGCAACAGAAUAAUAAUAAUGAAGCACCAGCUGAUGCCGAUGCUGGUGCUGCGGCAGGGGGGCAUGAGGAACCAGCGCGACCGCCUGCUCCGCUAGCACCACUGCCACCUUUGCCAGAGAAUCCGGAAAUUCGUCAACGUCAUGUACGGAUCGUUUACAACAGACACAAUAUUAUAAGGAUUGUUAAUCAUCCGGAGCGAAACAAUAACGUCGAGAAUAACAACAAUGAACAGCAACAGAACCACCAGCCAAUCGGUCGACUACCGGUGGAGGUGGCCUAUCAGCAGAUUUUCGAAGCAGGUAAUAGAGAUCGUGUAGAAAAUGGCCCAAUCGUAGGGGCAGCGCAGGCUGAUGUUCCAGCACACGGAGAACCAAGGCCAGCAGCAGCUGUGGCAAACGGCCCAGUGGAAGGUGACGACAAUGUGAAUGGACAUGAGAACGAAAACGGCGAAAAUGACGAACGACCUGGUGUCGCUGCUGCAGCAGCAGCCGUCGAUGGACGAGACCCACCGCCACAGCCACAGGAGGAUGUUAAUGUUCGUGUCAUUCUGCACGGAGCCAUACAGAACAACCAACCUAGGAUGAUGCCACAUGUGAUCAUCGUCAGAGGGGAAAACAAUCCCGCAGGAGGUGCAGGUGAGGCAGCCGAUAACAAUCAGCAACGACCGGCCAACGCAUUCUACCAGUAUCUUAACCUAGGUCCAGGAGCUCCAGGACCAAACUACGUCUCCCUGGUGAGUGAUCGCGGCAUCUGCGCGUACGGUGUCUCGCGGCACGAACUCGGAGGGGCCGCAUUCAUCCGGGAGUACUUCCGACCAAACAUGACCAGCCUGGAGAGGUUGCUCGUGCGGAACUACAAACUGGUGACGGAUACGUCCUUGGAUCAUCUCGAAUCAGCUGCACCGAAUCUGAAACUGCUGGACGUUACCGGAACCUCGGUCACGGCGGAAGGUGUGCGAAAUUUCAAACUAGCUCGACCCAGUUGUACCAUACUCUCGGACUAUGAAUAGAGUGUUGUAGGUUAUAUAUAUAUAUUACAGCAGGGUAGAACUGUGCGUAUUCGUUUUUAAGAAAGCAAUUUUUAUUGGUCUUUUCUACCAUAGAAUUCCUAAAAAAAAAGAACCCUAUUUAAAUAUGAAAACUGUACUUUGAACUAAGUUAUUGAAUUAUGCGGGAGUGAAAUUCCUGGAAAAAAUAUCUCGACUCAAAAUUUGUGUUUCUUUUAAUAAGAAAAUUACAAAUCAAGUUUUAGUAUUAGGAAGAACACUUUUAUUUUUUCUUUAUUAUAUAUUUUUUUAAUUUUACAAAAA